AAAUACGCAUGUCCUGAACUUUGGAGCUGAUCAUGAAGGUAUUUAAACUUUUGGGAAAGAUUUCUGCCUGAAGGGAAAUUAUCAUAGAGAAAAUGUUGAAGAUUUAUCCCAUUAUUCUGAUAAGCAGUUUGCUGCUUGAAACCUGGCUUUCUUCUGGAGCUUCAGUGUUUCUGCCAAAGUAUCUGGCAGGGUCUCUUCUGAAGAGACAGAAACGGUUUAACACAGGUAUUGAGGAGAGGUUUAUGACGGAUAAUUUGGAGAGGGAAUGUUUAGAAGAACGCUGCGAUUUUGAGGAGGCCAGAGAGGUUUUUGAAGACCAAGAAAAAACUAUGAAAUUCUGGAUCACUUACAUAGAUGGAGACCAAUGUCAGUCGACUCCCUGUCAGAAUGGCGGGAAAUGUGAGGAUGGAAUGAAUACAUACAUCUGUUGGUGUCCAGCCCGCUUUAGUGGGAAGAACUGUGAGUUGGAAAUGGCUAAACAGUGUAAUGUAAAUAAUGGAGGCUGCAUGCACUUCUGCUUUGUGGAUAAAAUUUAUGGAGUAGUAUGUGACUGUGCCGAGGGUUACAGGCUGGCUCUGGAUGGCAGGACUUGUGAACCUACAGGGCAGUACCCAUGUGGACGACUUGGAGCGAGUAUUGCUGCAACUCUUAACUCAAGGUCUCUUAUCAGUGAUACAACAGAACAAAAUACAACAGAGUCCAGUCCUACAGAUUACCCUGAUGUGAACGUGACUAGCACACCACAACCUACACUGAAGAACAUCACCUCCUUCUUUCCCACUCAGCCCACCAUCAAAAAUGCAACAAAUAAUGAACAUCGUAUUGUAGGAGGAAAUGAGGCAACACCAGGGGAGAUUCCCUGGCAGGUGGUUUUUAUGGAAAAGGUGAAAAAGAUUCCAUUUUGUGGUGGCUCUCUCCUUAGUGAAGAAUGGGUCAUUACAGCUGCCCACUGUGUUGAAGGAAAGAUGGGAUCUUUCUUCAUCAGAGUUGGGGAACAUGAUGUCUCAAAGAAUGAGGGAAGAGAGAGUGACCACGGCAUAGUGGAGUACCAUAUCCACCCACGUUACAACUCUCAACGAAGUCUUUACAAUCAUGACAUCGCCCUGUUAAAGCUCAAGGGACCUGUCAAAUUCUCUGACUAUGCCCUGCCCAUCUGCCUGGGCUCUAAAGACUUCUUAGAGAACUUGCUCAGGAGCGCGGAAAUCUCCGUGGUGAGUGGCUGGGGGAGGCUACGGUACGGGGGCAUAGAAUCUAAAACACUUCAGAAAGUAGAGCUCCCUUACGUGGACCGGACGGAGUGUAAAGGCAGCAGCACCGACACCAUCUCCCGCUUCAUGUUCUGUGCCGGUUACAGUACGGUACGCAAGGAUUCCUGUCAGGGGGACAGCGGAGGACCCCAUGCCACCCUCUAUCAGAACACAUGGUUCCUCACAGGCAUCGUCAGCUGGGGGGACGAGUGCGCCAUGAAGGGAAAGUAUGGCAUUUAUACCCGUAUCUCCAAAUAUUUGCACUGGAUAAGUAACGCUACUGGCAUUAGAACAGGACAUAUGUCCAAUACAGAUCAACAGAGUUAGAAUUAGAUUAAAACAUUGUGCAGGUCUGUUUUAAAAGUAUCAUAAAAAUAAAUGUUGGAUUGAAUUAGAUCUCACAGACAUUUUUGUUCAGAUGAUAUUUACUAGUCAUCAUUCAACAGACAUACUGUAACAAUCAAGAAAAAAAUAUAGUUUUCCAUCUUACACUUUGUGCUUGUACAUCUUGUGAAAUUUUCAUACAUGAUAUACCACAAAUCAAUAUGAGGUCAAUUUCAUCUUAGGAACUCUGUACAUAUUAUACACUAAGAGUGUAUGGCUUUAAGAAGUGUACUUCAAAUUGAUGUACACAUGAAACCCAUUCAGGCCACAUCCACUUUUCUUCUUCCUUGUCAAGCCCCCUUUUAAACUAAAGGCAUGCAAAUGGACCCUACUGUUCAAAAGUUUGGGGUAACUUUUAUGCACAGCCUGUUUAUAUUUGAUCAAAAUACAGUGAAAUAGUAAUAUUGUAAAAUAUUAUUACAAUUUAAAAUAACAAAAAUUACAAUGGUAUUUAUUCCUGUGAUGCAAAGCUGAAUUUUCAGGAGUCAUUACUCCAGGUUUCAGUGUCACAUGAUCCUUUAGAAAUCAUUCUAAAAUGCUGAUUUGGUCUCAAAAAUAAUUUCUCAUUAAUAUCAAAGCUGACAACUGCUGCUAAAUAUGAUAUUUUUGUGGAAAUCAUUAUUUUUUACAGCAUUCUUUGAUGAACAAAAAGUUUAAAAGAAUAGAAUUUAUUUGAAAUAGAAAUACUUAUCAAUGUCCUUUCUGGAUAAAAAUAUAAAUUUCUUUCAGAAAAAAAACAUGCUUAAAAAUCUUACUGACCCCAAACUUUUUAACAAUAGUGUAUUUAUUCAUUGCAGUUUUUAAUGAGGUUAGCUCAUGUAUAUUCACCUCAGUGGUUUCUAAGCAGUUAACAAAGUGCACAUUGUGAGUGCAGAGAAAGUUAAUUAAAAAUUAAUGGAAUGGACAAGUUUACAGUGGACAUUAUAAUGAUGUAUACCACCAAGUUAUAUUUCAGUGACUAAAACUGACCCAAAUAUGGUGGAUGUGCUAAAAAAUAAUUUUUAAAACAAAUUAAAUUAUGCUGCUUCUACUGUAAACCCAUUUAAAAACACAUUGAUAACUAAGAAAAUUAGCUAAGUAUAGUCCAGAAUAGUCAUAUUUGAUCUGGCUUAAAGUGAAUAUGAAUAUAAACACAGAUCAUCUCAAGGUGAGCAGUAUGUUUUUAAGCAUAACCAUGAAGCAAUAAAGUAAUUAUAUUGCUGACUAGUGAUUUGUAAAGUUUUAAUCUCAUGUACUCUCUGAAAUAAAAUUUCUUGCACAUA